AACAUUUUGAAAAAACAAUCAUAUACAAGCAACAGUAAUUGAUACAGAAGCGUCGCGAGUAAUAUCCAGCAGUCAGCUACUCUGUGAGGCUUUUAUAUGCUUCGAAUGGACGUUCGGCUUCCGGGUAAAUGUCAAAACACUUCCGCUAAACUUCCUCUGCUUUACUUUCAUUGUUGACAGUUUGUUAACUACUGAAAAGAAUACGUUUUUUAACAGCCCAUAGUUUAAAAUCGGAUUAAGAGUAGUCAGUACAUCUGGAAUGACAUGUCGUUCGUUUAUUAGACGAGUAGCCGCUGCGUCAGUUGUGUGGGAAACUCUCAUGUUUGCUUCACUGUUAGGGAGCUAAGCAGCUAGCCGUCUAGCCUGCUGUACAGCUGCUGUGUGUCUGGGAAUUUGCACUGAAAACCAAGAUUAUGUUUCUCGGUGUGCUUUUGUUAUGCUUUUACUUGUUUUGAAUAACCUGUGCAGCAUGGAAUCUGAGGGAAUCGUCAUUCGGAUAAAGACACCGGUGGGAGACAUGGACUCAUCAGUGGACUGUCCAUCACAUCUCAACUUCAAUGAUUUGCUGGCCGCGAUCAGGGAUGUCAUGCCUGAAGCCACAGUCACAGCUUUUGAAUAUGAGGAUGAAGUUGGCGACCGAAUCACAGUUCGCAGUGAUGAGGAGCUCAAAGCCAUGCUGUCAUAUUAUUGCAACACAGUGAUGGAGCAACGCAUCAAUGGACUGUUACCUGAGCCUUUACAGAUAUUUCCACGAGCCGGUAAGACCCCAGGGAUCCGCAACAUACACGGCCUGAAGGUGAACACGCGGCCCGAAUGCUCGAGUGGCAGGGGCUCCUCUGCGGCUGAUUCCCGGUCCAAUGAUAGUUUAAAGAAAUCUUCAGCUGAGCUUAAGAAGAUUUUGACGAAUGGACAGAUAAAUGAACAUGACCUCCAGUACCAGGAGCAGCUUGGCCAUGGAAAUGGCGGAACAGUUUACAAAGCUUACCACUUGCUUGGGAAGAGAAUUGUAGCGGUUAAGGUUAUUCCUCUCGACAUCACGGUGGAGCUGCAGAAGCAGAUCAUGUCAGAGCUUGAGAUCCUUUAUAAGUGUGAUUCUCCAUACAUCAUAAAGUUCUACAGUGCGUUCUUUGUGGAGAACAGAAUAUCGAUAUGCACCGAGUUUAUGGAUGGUGGCUCUCUGGAUGUCUACUGGAGAAUCCCAGAGCAUGUCUUGGGUAGAAUUGCUGUUGCUGUGGUAAAAGGAUUAACGUAUCUCUGGAGCCUGAAGAUUUUACACAGAGAUGUGAAACCGUCCAACAUGCUGGUUAACACACGGGGUCAGGUCAAACUGUGUGACUUUGGAGUCAGCACACAGUUGGUGAACUCCAUUGCUAAAACAUACGUUGGAACCAAUGCAUACAUGGCGCCAGAGCGGAUAUCAGGGGAACAGUAUGGUAUUCACUCAGACGUUUGGAGCGUAGGAAUCUCUUUCAUGGAGUUGGCGUUGGGCUCUUUUCCAUAUCCACAGAUUCAAAAGAACCAGGGCUCUUUAAUGCCUCUCCAGUUAUUGCAGUGCAUUGUUGAUGAGGAUCCUCCGGUGCUUCCAAUUGGUCAGUUCAGUGAGAAAUUUGUCCACUUCAUUACACAAUGUAUGAGGAAGCAACCUAAAGAAAGACCAGCUCCAAACAAUCUUAUGGACCACCCCUUUAUCAUGCAAUAUAAUGACGGAAACACGGAGGUCGUGUCCAUGUGGGUGUGCCGCAGUCUAGAGGAGCGCAAGAGCCAGCAAGCACAGAGACUCAUGUGAACACCAGAUGGAAUUCUGGGAGAUGCUGUCCACGUUUCCUCACUUUACUUUUCCGCUGAACCUAGAGAAGCAGCGACUGAUCUCACAUGGAGCACCUCCUCACAACCUUGAGUUUAAUGGUGCACGGUGAGGGAACUGCUACGAGUCUAAUGCAGAUUACACUAGCAUCCUGCAAAUGAGGAUUUUAACCGUUUGCAUUGAUGCAAAUCUUUAACUUUGUUCUUCUGCAGUGGGUUUCUUUUCACUUUCUGUGCAGAUUUCAAAGUAAAUGUUUUUCGCAGAAGGUCCUUGCGGGGGGCUGUUGCUCGCUCGACUCCGAUUUAGUUCCUGUGGGUUGGGAUUUGAGUGGAAAUACUGUCUUUGUCUGUACUUAAAGCAACAAUCUGGUUUUGCCAAAACAUCGUGGGCACGUCAUAAAUCAUCUAGGUUUUUAAAUAUAUGCACUUGUGCUGCAGUGAAAGUCUUGCUGCUGUUGUUUUAAAGCCACUUUUGUUGAGUUUCACAAAUGGCCUGCCAGUGAGGAUGGAAAAGCGUCAUGCGUUGUUACGGUCGAAGGCAGUGGAUGAGCUUUGGUGGAAGGCGUGUGCGGAUGAGCUUUAGAUCGUCCAGCAGCAGGCCAUUGGGUUGUGUUAUUGCCUUCAUCCAGCAUAAGCCCAGCUGUGAUCUUUACUCAAGGGAUUCAUGGGAAUUGGUUCCUUUGAUUUGUGCAUUGCCUUAAUCUCUCUUUCAAGGUCAUUUUAUAUACUUUCAGCUCUAUGUACACUACUGUUUAGACGUUUGGGCUUGGUAAGACUUUUUUUGUAUUUAGUAAGAAUGCAUUAAAGGGGUCAUGAACUGAGAAAUCAAAAUUCCCUUGAUCUUUUGACAUACAAGAGGUCAUUAUACUAUAAAGGCAUCCUUUAAGUUUCAAAACCAGUCAUAAGUAGCACGGGUAUGUUUGUAGCAAUAGCCAAAAAUGCAUUGUAUGGGUCAAAAUUAUCGUACAUCAAUGGAAAGCGUAUUUAUUCGGACAAUAUUAGAGAAGAUUUCUAUUUCAAAUAAAUGUUGUUGUUUUUUUAACAACUUCUGAAGUGUCCUCAAAAAUAUGAAGCAGCACAGCUGUUUUCAACACUGGUAAUAAGAAAUGUUUCUUGAGCACCAAAUCAGCAUAUUAGAAUGAUUUCUGAAGGAUCGUAUGACACUGAAAGCUGAGUAAUGAAUGCUGUAAAUUCAGCUUUGCCACAUUACAUUUUUAAAUGUACUAAGAAUAGAAAACAAUUAUUUUAAAUCGUAAUAAUAUUUCACAACAUUACUUUUUACUAUGUUUUUGAUCAAAUGAAUGCUGCCUUGAUGAGCAUAAGAGACUUCAAAAAACAUUUAAGAUAAAAAUCUUACCAACCCCAAACUUUUAAGCGGCAGAGUGCUUUUUAAUGUUACACAGCAAAUCGGACAAGUCUAGUUAAUAUUUUCCCAUUAGUCUUUUAUGAAAGGAAAAUCUAUGAAAUUAACUUCAGAUGGGAAUUUAGAUAAGAACCUGUGUAUUCUUAGAUCACAUUAGCAGAUGCAGAUUAGCACAGCAGGAUCCACAGUACAGGUGCAAGAAUGGCAAUAUUGAUUCAUGUAACACCCUUUUAAGCCUGAAUUCAUGUUUCUCUUAUACUUCGAACCAGAAACUAAUAAAAUCCCUAUAUAACGUAUACAUCUGUAGUUAAGGUCAAAUGUUUAUAUACACCUUGCGGAAUCUGCAAAAUGGUAAUUAUUUUACCAAAAUAAGAGAGAUCAUACAAAAUGCUUGUUUUUUUUAAAAAAAAAUUUAUUUAAUACUGACCUGACCUGAAGAUAUUUCACAUAAAAGACAUUUACAUAUAGUCCACAAGAGAAAAUAAUAGUUGAAUUUAUAAAAUGACCCCGUUCAAAAGUUUACAUAUGCCUUGAUUCUUAAUACUGUGUUGUUACCUGAAUGAUCCACAGCUGUGUUUUUGUUUAGUGAUAGUUGUUCAUGAGUCCCAUGUUUUUCCUGAACAGUUAAACUGCCUGUUGUUCUUCAGAAAAAUCCUUCACAUCCCACAAAUUCUUUGGUUUUUCAGCAUUUUUAUGUAUUUGAACCCUUUCCAGCAAUGACUGUAUGAUUUUGAGAUCCGUCUUUUCACACUGAGGACAACUGAGGGACUCGUAUGCAACUAUUACAGAAGGUUCAAAUGUUCACUGAUGCUCCAGAAGGAAAAAUGAUGCGUUAAGAGCCGGGGUGUAAACUUUUGAACUUACUGAAUAUAUUUGCAUUUUUAUUUUUAUUUUUUUGCCUAAAUAUAUUUUUUUGAUUUAGAACUGCCCUUCAGAAGCUACAGAAGAUAAUUACAUGUUUCCCAGAAGACAAAUACAUAUAGUCUUGUGGACUAUAUGCAAAUGUGUUUUAUAUGAAAUAUCUUAUUUAGGUCAGUUCUAAAUAAAAAAAAAAACAAAAAAAAAAAACAUGCAUUUUGUACGAUCCCUCUGUUUUUUGUAAAAUAAUUAACAUUUAGCAGAUUCUGCAAGGUGUAUGUAAACUUUUGACCUCAACUGUAAAUUCACUGACUUAACUUACUGUAAAGUCCUCCUUCACUGAGGGUUUUAUCAAAGCAAAUUACAUUAACCACAUCAGGCCCUCACAUCGGCCUUUUCUUAUAUUUAUGUGUUAUUUUAGUGUCUCAUCAGUAUUACUUUAAAGACUUUUUUUAAAUGCAAUUGCCAUAUAUUUUUUUUAUUCAGAUAUUGUGGUUCAUCCCAGCCUGUGUCUUUUGAAUAAAUGUCUCACCGGUGGAUAUGACUGCCAUCAACAAAGUGGAGUAAGAGUGUUUUAUAUAAUGGAGAAUGUGUAGAGUUCUGAAAA